AUGGGUUCAAUAUCUGAGAUCCCAAAGACUUCCAUGCCGCCCGACUACCUCGAGCGUGUCUACGCCGGGGUCCUGGGCAAGAUCAUCGGCGUCUACCUCGGCCGGCCAUUCGAGGGAUGGAGUCAUCAAAAAGUCAUGGCCGAACUGGGUCCGAUAAAGUACUACGUGCACGACAGACUCGACGUGCCUCUGGUGGUCACGGACGACGACGUUUCGGGCACCUUCAUGUUCGUCCGGGCAUUGGAGGAGCACCCGGAGAGUGGCGCCGACAUCACAGCUGAAGACAUUGGACGGACGUGGCUCAACAACGUCAUCGAAAGACGCACCAUCUUCUGGUGGGGAGGCAAUGGCAUUUCCACCGAGCACACGGCCUAUCUCAACCUCAAGCGAGGCAUACCGGCGCCACGGAGCGGGUCGAUCCAGCAGAACGGCAAGACCGUGGCGGAACAGAUUGGCGCGCAGAUCUUCAUCGACGGGUGGGCGUUGGUGAGCCCCGGCAACCCCGCCCUCGCGGCGAAACUCGCAAGGGCCGCCGGGUCGGUGAGCCACGACGGUGAAUCCGUCUACGCGGCCAUGCUGUGGGCGGCCAUGGAAGCCGAGGCCUUCAAUUCCAAGGACAGACAACACUUGCUCGAGACGGGUCUGUCAUUCAUCCCUCGAGACUGCUUGAUCGCGAAGGUGAUCGCCGACAUACGAGGCUGGGCCGAGCAGGAUCCAAAUGACUGGCUAAGGACGAGACAACGGAUCGAGGACAAGUACGGGUACGACAAGUUUUGUGGCAUGUGUCACGUCGUGCCGAACCACGGCAUCAUGAUCAUGACACUUUUGUACGCCAAGGAUUUCCACGAGGCGAUGUACAUGAUCAACACGUGCGGGUGGGACACGGAUUGUAACUCUGGUAAUGUCGGUUGUCUCUUUGCUCUGAUGUACGGCAUGAAGGCUUUUGAGGGUGGUCCGGACUGGAGAGGUCCAGUGGCAGAUCGAGCUCUGAUCUCGAGUGCCGAUGCAGGGUACGCGACGAACAACGCCGCUCGGAUCGCUCACGACAUUUGGAACAUGGGUCGGACGUUGGCCGGUACGAAACCGAUCGAGCCAUCACAGGCACAACAGUUCCACUUCAGUCUCCCGGGGAGUGUGCAAGGGUUUGAGAGCGAUACCGGCAGAGUUGAACAAACACAAAAGGGACUUUGUAUCAAGGUCGACGGAGAAACAGACGUCACGACCCCGACGUUCAAGCCGGCUGAUCUGGCAAAGAUGAAGACUUACGAAUUCGUCGGGUCACCCUUGGUGUUUCCUGGACAGACGAUCCGGGCGGUGGUGUCGACAGAAGAAGGUGACGACGACGAGGGGGUGAGUGUACAGUUAAAGACAGAUCUCGGCAGUGGGCCGGUGACAAACGUGGCUGCUGCUGCUGGCGGUCAACAGGUUUUGGAGUGGGAAGUACCCGAGACGACCGAUGGAAGUCCUAUUUCACGGCUCGGACUUCACGUGUCGGGCAAAGGAACGGUGUACCUUCGAAGUCUCGGAUGGUCGGGUGUGCCUCGAAUGACCCUGAAACACGACGGUCGAGGUUGGGUCAACGGCGCCAGCACCUUCCACAACGCCUUUGGUACCGGGUUCUACGUCGGACAAGACCAGGGGGAAGGGAUUGUGAUUUACGGAAACAGAGAUUGGACCGAUUAUCGAGUUCGUGUAAACAUACUCAAAGUGAAUCUGGGACAGGCCGGCCUGGCCAUCAGGGUACAGGGUCUACGGAGGUGGUAUGCCGUCAUGUUCCUCAAGCCUGGUCAAGCGACUCUGGUCAAGGCCGUGGACGAGAAGAGGAUGGAACUUGUGACGGUGAAAUUUGAAUGGAAACUCGACGAACAGUAUACCAUCGAGCUCGAGGCCAAGGGAGAUGUUAUCAAGGCGAGGAUUGGUAAUGAUAGUAUACUCGAAGCCAAAGAUGGCUCGUAUUCUGGUGGUGGUGUGGGAUUGAUUGCCGUGGAUGGAUCAAUGGGUGCUACAGAUGUGAAAAUCAGUCCGGUCUCUUGAGGAGAGAAAAAAACAAGGGGGUUGUUGGCAAAAGAGGUGGUUUGAAAAUUGUGGUACGAGUGGUGAUGAUGAUGAUGAUUGUA